AUGAUCACAACGUCCGUCGCCAUCCUAACGCUGAUUCGAACCCUCCUGCCACCCGGCUCACUCGGAAGAGGCCUUGCUGGUCGAUUACUCGCAUGCGAUCGUGGUGACCCGGUUACCGCUCUUACCACCGCCACCAUUACCCUCAUCCUCACUGUCGCCUUGACGUCGACCUACGCUGCCUGGCUUGUGUCCCAGGUUGUCAACCGUGGCGACACUGAUUUCGAGGACUCCUUCCUGCAGUUCAACGACGAAGCACCUAUACGCCUGCACCAAAUGGUGGAAGCUGAAGAGCCAUCGUCGUCGUCUGAAAGUGAGGAAGAAGUGACAGACCCGGGCGAACGUUCUCGUAAGAGACGAGCCCCGUUGGCCCUCCCCGUUGCGAAGAGACCUAACCUGACAUCCAUCCGCGAAUUCUUCUCCACUUUGUCGAAGCGCCGUGACCGCUACACCUUGUACACGAGAGAAGCUGGUUUCCGCGCUGUGUUGACCGCGCUGAGUACCUUUAGGUUUAUCAGUGCACUCGUCAUCACCUUGUCGGAGGAUGAGUCCAGCGAAUCCGCAACUGCCGGAACCCCCACCAACGAACUGCCAAUGCGGAGGGAACUACCACCACGACCGCCGCCACCGAAGCACCUGCUGUGUACACGGCUGUUGUCGGGCUCUCCCCUGAAACCGCUAGUGACGAGUACCAUACGACGAUCGAACCAGCCGCAACCGCAGUAG